AUGGGCCACAGAACGAAUUCAAUCAAUCGAGCUACCGUCUGUAAAAGGCAUGAACAAUUGGAAAAAGAAAUACACACGGUCGAAGUCUAUCGUAGCCAUGGAGUGGAGGUUUGCGUUUGUGUGCCGAGUUUGGUAAUCGUUCUACUUGCGGGAGAUGUUGCGAGCAGCAGAAUAAGGCACGUUGAGCAUCUGUACAAGGGCGGACUUGGCAGAGGACGUGGUGGUGGUGGCGGAGCUGGUGGAGGUUUUGGCCGUGGCGGAGGUGCUGGUGGAGGGUUUGGUGGUGGCGGAGGUGCUGGUGGAGGGUUUGGUGGAGGUGGAGGCUUUGGAGGUGGUGCUGGGGGAGGCGGAGGCUUUGGAGGUGGUGCUGGUGGAGGCUUUGGAGGCGGAGAAGGUGGUGGCGCUGGCGGGGGAGCAGGUGGUGGCGGUGGUUUUGGAUGGGGUGGUGGAGGAGCUGGUGCAGGGGGUGGCCGCGGCUUUGGUGGGGGUGGUGGAAUCGGUGGAGGGCAUUGA